AUGAGGUACCAAGUCCUGACCUGGGCAAUGUGGGGACUGCUCUUUGCCAGCAUCAGCGCAAUCAAGAUAGAGGAGAAGAUUCAAGAGAGCCUGCUGAGACAGCUGCACCUCACGGAGGCCCCUGUCCUGGAGAAGACAGAGGUGGACAACCUGGUCAUCCCAGACCAUGUGAGGACCAAAUACAUAUCUCUGAUGAAGCACACCUCUGAGGCACCUUUCUCCCGGGAAAAGAGGCACAGUCAGACCAUCGCAGAAAUCAUGGGCAGGUUCUUCUCUGAUGCCUUCAACCAGCUGCUGGUCUUCAGCAUGAAGGAUCGACUUCCCCCCACCAAGGAGCUUAUCCAGGCUGUACUGAGGCUCUUCAAGAAGCCAUCCCCACAAGGAGAGAUCAAGAGACAUCUUAAGAUGUUCCCCUUCAACUCCUAUGCCAGUGUGACCAUUUCCUGGGUGCAAAUCAGAGAGAAUAGCACCAACAGAACCUUUGUGAUUGAUUCCAGGCGAGUAUCCAUUUAUGAAACUGGAUGGAUAACCUUUGAUGUGACCCAAGCUGUGAAUUAUUGGCAGCAACAGAGAGAGCUGGCAAAGCCCCUGGUCCUAGAGGUGUCUAUCCACAGGGAGAAUAUAAGUCCAUUGUUCUCCAAUGCACACAAACUUGUCUACUUCUCCUCCCAGAAUCCUGCUGAUGGAAAGUUGCAUGCUCCCCAGCUGGAGCUCCAGACAUUGGACAUAAAGGAAUAUGGUGCCCAGGGCAACUGCAACCCUGAUAUCCCAGUGACAGGGGCCACCAGAUGCUGCCGCCGUGAGACAUAUAUUAACCUUCAGGGUCUGAAGUGGGCUGAGAACUGGAUCUUGGACCCACCUGGCUUCAAAACUUAUGACUGUGUGGGGAGCUGCCAGCAGCCAAAGAAGGAGCACCUGAACUUCAAGUGGCCCUUCUUGGCAGGAAGGAAAUGCAUGGCCACAGAUACUGCCUCACUACCUCUGAUUGUUGCUCAUAAGGAAGGAGACAAGACCUUGACCAAGGUAGUCAUCCUUCAUAACAUGAAAGUGACAAAAUGUAGCUGUACCACAGAAGGAAUGCCCGUCCUGAAGAGGCUGAAGCCAUAA